AUGAAGAUCUCCGAUAAGCUUGAGCAGAUACCGAAGGAUGCGCCAUACUUCUCUUUCGAGUUUUGGCCUCCAAAGACGACUGCGGGAUUGGAGAACUUGCAUGCCCGACUCUUCCGUAUGUCCCGCCUUCAGCCAUUCUUCGUUACGGUGACAUGGGGCGCUGGAGGUUCAACGGCCGCAUUGUCGCUCGACCUCGCCUCCGCAUGUCACCAGUCUCACGGACUCACCACCUGUCUCCACCUAACCUGCACAAACAUGGACAAAUCAAUCCUCGACCAAACGCUCCUCCGCGCCCGCGACGCCGGAAUCCGCAAUAUCCUCGCACUCCGCGGUGAUCCCCCGAGAGGACAGGAGUACUGGACAGCGACGAGUGAGGAUUUUGUGUAUGCGAGGGAUUUGGUGAGGUAUAUCAAAGAGCAGUAUGGUGAUUAUUUCUGUAUCGGAGUCGCGGCGUACCCGGAGGGACAUGUCGAGGGGUCUGUCGUUGUGGAGAGGGAUGUGAGCAAGGAUUUGGGGUAUUUGGCGGAGAAGGUCAAGGCUGGUGCGGAAUUUGUGUUGACACAGUUGUUUUAUGACACCGAGGCUUUCAUCGCGUUCGAAAAGGAGUUGAGGGAGUUUGACGGAGGCGUUAUGAAGGAUAUCCCCGUUAUCCCUACGAUUAUGCCGAUUCAGUCAUACCAGUCCUUCCGGCGCAUGACGAAGCUGUGCGGAGCGUUUGUGCCGCCCGAGUUGUUGGCGAGGCUGGACAAGGUCAAGGGAGAUGAUGAGGCGGUUAAGAUGGUUGGGGUUGAUGUUGCUGUCGAGAUGAUUCAGCGGAUUUAUGAGGGGACGGAGGGGAGAUGUCGGGGUGUGCAUCUUUGUACCCUUAAUUUGGAAAAAUCUGUGGGAUCUGUGUUGGAGAAGAGUGGGUUGUUGGAUAAGGUUGCGGAGAGGGAGGAUGUGCCGGAGGUUAAUAUCGUGAAUGGGCAGGGUCGUACGGUCACGAUUCAUGAGUCUGCUAUUGAUGAUUCUGCUGCGCCUGCUACGAAUGGCAUGGCCCAUGGAAACCCUGGAGCUAAGUCGAGGAGGACUAGCUCCUUGAUCUCUGAGUCGCAGAACCGUGUCGUCGUGGAGGAGAUUCGCGCCGAUAUGGCUCGUCUUGACCUCCUCACCGUAGCCAAGGACGCAGGAAAGGUCGAAAGUCCCGCUUCCCGUCGCCGUUCGAACUCCGUUACCCUGCAAGAAGGCAAGUCCGUCAUGGGUAAGCUCGCAACUUGGGACGAGUUCCCCAAUGGCCGAUGGGGUGACGCUCGUUCCCCAGCCUUCGGAGAACUCGACGGUUAUGGAGUCACCAUCCACGUUCCACCCCAGGAAGCCCUCCAACUCUGGCAACACCCCACCGACAAAUCUGAUAUCUCCUCCCUCUUCGUCUGCCACGUAAAAGGCGAACUCCGUGCAAUCCCCUGGUCCGAAGAAGGUCUCGCCCCCGAAUCCGAGGCAAUCCGUCAACACCUGAUCGGCCUCAACCAAAAAGGCUGGUGGACCGUCGGCUCACAACCCGCUCUCAAUGCCAAACCCUCUGCUGACGCCAUCUUCGGUUGGGGUCCCAAGAAUGGAUGGGUUUUCCAGAAGGCGUUCGUUGAGUUUUUCGUGAGUCCAGAGGACUGGAGGGAGUUGUAUGAGAGGUUGAAGGAGCAGCCGCAGAUUUCGUUUUAUGCUGGUAAUAGGAGGGGAGAUCAUUAUUCUAAUAUGGAGCAGUCUGAUGCGAAUGUUGUUACGUGGGGUAUUUUCCCUGGCAGGGAGGUCGCUCAGCCGACUAUCAUCGAGGAAGUCUCGUUCCGUGCGUGGAAGGAUGAGGCGUUUGCGAUCUGGGGUGAGUGGGAGAAGAUCUAUCCUAAAGGAUCUCCGUCUGCGGAGUUGAUCAACAAGAUUGGAGAGAACUACCUCCUCGUUACGUUGGUGCAUCACGAGUUUCUGGAGCAAAAUGCAUUGUGGGAGUUCUUGGGUGUUGUCAACAACGAAUAA